AUGGCUUCCUGCGGCGUGCUCCUCCUUUGGGCGCUGCCCCGGCUAGUGGCUCUGUCCCUGCUCUCUUGCCCUCAUCCUUUGCCAACCAUCGGCCAGUCGACCUUUGCCCCUGGCGGCAUACCAUUGCCGGAACGUCGGCAUCAACCACUCGGCCGAGCCAGUCACUAUCAGCGGCGCCAGCUCACCUCCAUCCUCUUGCAGGCAUGGGCCUGCUCUGCGCUGCCCCUUGAUCCAAUGCUCCCUUCCAUCCGCUGGCGCCGGCGCCGGGCUUGCUGGGUGCCCCGCCGAGGCCGUGGAAGGGUCCGCCGGCGACUACGCCGCCGCACUGGCUUCAUCGGGAUCCGUGUGGGGGAGGCAUCAAAUCCAGGGCCUCCAGCCCCUGGCACCCCUGUCGGCGGCGAGCGGCAACCUAUGGUGGUUGAUGCCUCUGGGCCAGGGUCGCGUGAGCGAUCCCCGCCGGCAGCUCGCCGGACUGAGCGGGUUUUCUGCCCUGUUCCAGGGUGCCCCGCCGCUGCUUCGUCUGGCCGUGGCUGGACCUCCCACGCAGCCAUGCGACCGCACCUCGAAGAUCACGCCGCUGGCACCUUGGAAGGGGAAGUCCCCCAGGCCUAUCGGGCUCGCCAUCACCUUGACCUGUGCUCGGUUUGUGGGGGGUUAGUGGCAUCCCGCUUCAAUGGUGCGCACCCACGCUGUCGGCCAGCAGCUCGCCGAGCUGUCGUGCCAGUCCCUGCCGCAGGCCUGGCACUGCCUGGGCCGUCCAUUGAAGCCGUCUUCGCUGAGCCUGCCCCAGUCCUCCGGCAUGUCCCCAAAGCUGCGCGAGCCGCUUGGGCACAAUGCCUUUCUCGCGCCCUUGGGCAAGUGGCAGGCAACAACACCUUGCAAGCGUGGCGGGACUUCUUCAUGCUCCCCAAGGCGGUGCUCCACCCUGCUCCACGUGGAGGGCGCCGGCACCGCCUCCAGGCCGCGCAGUUCACCCAGCGGCGCUGUGCCAGAUGGCUGGCUGGUGAGCGCGAGGAACUUUGGGGAGACUUGCCCGGUCCUCGCCGUCGCCGGCCUCGGGACGAUGAUGAAGAGGCAGCGCAGGCUGCCAGGCAGGCCCGAUGCUGUGCCUUGGCCGCUGAAGGGGAGCUCUCACGUGCCUGUGCUGCCCUGGUGUCUCCGCCACUCUUGGACAACACGACUGAUGUUGUUUCCAAGCUGCAAGCCAAACACCCCCGCGCCGCCCCUGCCCGCCCGGCUCUCGUCGCUCUAGGGCUGCCUGCCUUAGCUGCUGUGCCCGAGCUGGCGGUGGAGGACGUCAUCCAUGCCAUCCGCUCCUUCAGCCGUGAAAAAGGCGCGGGCCCCACUGGCCUUCGAGGUGACCACCUUCGCGAGGCCCUCGCUUCCCCUCAUGGAGACGAGAUGGCUGUCCAGCUUGCCGAUGUUGUGAAGCUGCUCGUCCGCGGAGAGGCGCUGGCCGAGAUUGCGCCCCACCUUGCUGGAGCUUCCUUACACGCAUUGCCGAAAGGGGUUGACGAUGUGCGACCCAUCGCGGUUGGGGAAGUCUUGCGGCGGCUGACUGCCACGUGCCUUUGCUCCGACGUGCGCAACUCUGCCCGGGAUCUUCUAUGCCCUUUACAAGUUGGGGUGGCCACCCGCAAUGGCACUGAAGCAGUUGUCCACACUGCCCGACACUGGGCGCAGAGGCAUGCAGGGCAGGCUGAACAGGUUCUCCUCAAAAUUGAUUUCAGCAAUGCCUUCAACUCGGUCGACCGGGCUUCUCUCCUCCGCGAGACUCGCCUCCGCCUGCCAGGCUUGUCCCCUUGGGCAGAGUGGUGCUAUGGUCUCCACUCGCGGCUGCUGUUCCAAGGCUCGCCUUUGAGUUCUGAAACCGGGGUGCAACAAGGUGACCCGCUUGGCCCUUUGUUGUUCUCCUUGGCAUUACAGCCGGCCCUCCAAGCUGCUGCCCGUGGAGGCCCUCCGGAACUUCGACCCUCGCUGGUGGUGGCUUACCUGGAUGAUGUGUGCUUGGCUGGCUCAUAUCGUCAAGUCAGCGCAGGCUUGGUCCGCUUGACGGCGGCCGCACGCCAUGUCGGAUUGCAAGUCAACCCUGCCAAAUGCGAGCUUGUGGCGUGUGGAGGGGCCGCAGCCACUGUGGACAUGAGCUUCUUCCCACCCGGCAUUCCCCUCAACCAAACCGGGACCUUCAGCCUUUUGAGGGCGCCCAUUGGAGACGGUAGUUUCUGCAACCAGUUCACAACAUCGGAGCGAGUUGCCAAAGCUUUGCCACUGUUAGACGCUUUGGCUGUCUUGCCGGAUGCCCAAACUGCCCUCCUGCUCCUCCGCCACUGUGCCUCCCAUUGUCGGAUGGCUUACUCCAUCAGAGUCACCCCUCCUGAUGGGCUCGGCCCCUCCCUGGAAGCGUUUGACAAUGCUGUUAGAGGAUGCCUCGAAGUGGCUUGCAGCGGGCCCCUCACUGCGGAAGCGUGGCUCCAAGCAACACUCUCCACUCGGUGUGGUGGGCUCGGGCUCCGCAGCGUGGCCCGGCACAGUGUCGCCGGCUACGCUGCGUCUUUGUGGGCUACUGCGCCACUGUGCAAAGAUAUGGAUCCAGGCUACGACCCUGACUUCAAUGCUGCUCUCAACCUGGUGAACAUGGCCCUUCCGCUCGCAGCCCCUGCUCCUGGUCGGGAAGCCUUUCGGGCGCAUCUUCAGCUCUUGCAGCAAGAAGGCGCGGGGGCGUGGCUCCAUGCUCUCCCAAGCGCCGCCUUGGGGCUUCACGUGGUGACCCCGCUCUUUCGGACCAUGGUUCGCUUGCGGCUCCGCUUGCCGGUGUCUGAUUCUGACACCCCUUGCCCCCUCUGCGAUGGCACCUGUGACAGAUUUGGUGACCAUGCGCGCGUUUGUCCCUGUGGCGGCGAUCGGGUCAAGCGGCACCAUCAGCUCAGAAACGUCUUGGCAGGGCGGGCAAAAACAGCAGGUCUUCAGCCCGAGGUUGAAAAGCCCAACCUCCUACCUCCACGCCCUGAACUUCAAGGUGGCCCAGAAGAUGGGGAGCGACCCUGUGGCGGUGGUCGCCGGCCAGCCGAUGUCUGGCUCCCCAACUGGCACCUACAUGGUCCAGCUGCGUUCGACAUUGCCGUCACUUCGGGCAUGAGACAGAGUGUUCUGACUGCAUCCGUGACAGAUGGCAGCAGAGCAUCUACGGACUAUGAAGCACGGAAAUGCCAGCAUCUAAGCACUUUGGAAGCCUGCACGAGUGAAGGGCUCCAGUUCGUCCCGCUCGUUGUUGAAGCGUGCGGUGGUGGCUGGGGGCCCAUUGCUUUGAAAACCUGGCGCUCCUUGGGUGAGGCGAUUUCCGCCCGCACUGGUGAAGGCAGCUCUGUGGAAUCGCAGCGCCUCCUUCAAUCUUUGGGCAUCGCGCUGCAGCGCGAAAACGCUAGAGCUGUCUUACGGCGCCUGGACUGA